CCGACUUUGAGGCAGCUCUCAUGGAGAUAUUGACGGAGCUCACACCGCCACACUCCAUUUGAACAUUUAUACUCUUUUUUUAUUUUAUUUUAUAAUUUUUUUUUUUUAAAUGGGCGUCGCACUCUUAUUUUCACCUCCACUCGCGGCGUUUUCUGCCCUUUUUAAUUCAUUCCCGUGCAAGGAUUUAACAAAAAAGAUGAUCCAGAUCGACAAUUCCGGCUGCGCGGGCCUGCGUACGACUGAUUGCAACACAUAGAUCCCGAAAAGGAUUAUUAUUCAUAUAUGGGCUGCAUUUGAUUUUUUUUUUUUUUUGACCCCCCGCUUCCAACCCCGGAUUUGGGAUUACUCUUGGGAAUGGAAGGACGGGAAUUCGCAGCUCCGGCCCAUCUCCUCUCAGAGCGAGGCGCCCUGGUGCACAGGGCCACCUCUCGGAUCGCCCCCUCCGGCCACGGCUCCGUGCAGCACACCGGCCACUUCCCACCGGGGAAAUACUACCCCUCGCACAUACCAAUGGCUCCACACUCAGGAAGUGGAUUGAUGGGAAACUCCUCCGCCUCCUUCAUGGGGACCUUCCUGGCCAGUAGUCUGGGCUCACCGCCGUCGCACCCGUCACACCAUUCCCGGCCGCCCUCCUCGCCUUCCUCGCCCUCCUUCCGAGGUGGACCCCAUUCCGGCGCCUCGCAAAUAUGGUUCUCCCAUUCCCAUGAAGGUCAGACGGUCAGAGGGAGCAAGAACCCCGUGCGCUGUUUGGGGCUGAUUGCUUCCUGGGUGAGUCACGACUCUUGGAUAGCCCGCCAGUGUUUAAAGGACUACCCAAGGGAUUAUAUGAGACCUUUGUGA